AUUAAUAACAUCAACAUACAGAACGGAAACAGGAUUAUUAAAGCGACUGAAUGUUUCCCCAAACGAAAAUAUUUUUAAAUGAGAUUGCUUUUUCUUUCUACCCUUCUUUCUCCCUUUCCGAGUCCUUCGUGCCAAAGUUGCGGUGAUAAAUCUCGGCGUGGCUUUAAAAAUGUUUACGGCCCGAAACCGUUAAUUCUGACACCAAAUCACUGCUGUGUGAAUGGUGUCCUCGUACACUAUAAAGCAUCUCCGUGCUCCUCCCCGCUUCGUGGCGAACCUCCGACCACGUUGGAGAAACACGAAAAAACAUAUUCUGAAUCCUUAAGGCUUUUCUGCCUUUCAGGAAAACGGCCUGGUAUUUUCCCUGCUGUUACCCUCUUACUGAACCCAGAGCUAAUUAACAGUAUGUAUUUAAUCUCUUAGACGCAUUGAACUCUGAAAUUACCACCAGAAUGUAACCAAAACCCUUCCCGAUGUAUAUAUAUUUUAAAAAUUGCAUUCAGAGUUCACCACCAGCCGUGGACAAACCGCCCACGGUUCACGCCACCCCGUUUCCAUCACUAACGCGAACCCCAGAACGGGCGAAGCGUUUUCCUCGUCGGCGUUGCGGGGGGGGAGGGGGGGAUUCCACGGGGGAAGGUGUGAGGAAACGCCGGGGAGACGGGGGAUCGCAUCAGAUUUACAAAAAUCAACCUGGUGUCCACCGCCUCCGAUGGAAAUAUUGGGUUAUCAAUGGAUGGAGACUGGGGCAAUCCCUGGAAGUGCUGUGGUUACUUGGAUGGGAGAUAAUCUCAGAGGAAAUGCCGGGGCUUUUGUUCAUUAGAGCCUCUCUUCUCCCCAUUUCCACCCAAAAGGUUUCUCUCUAUGAUUAAUUCCCUUGUCUAGGCUUUUCUGACCGAAGUUUCAUACCUUCCCCCCCUUUUUUUCCCCCUCCCAGUUCUUCUGCUUUCUCAAAGUCCACCGCUGCCUCGUGUUUGCUGGACCAGACAUCCGAGAAUUGGUGAGUUUUGCUGAAUAUCCUACCUGGUCCCCUCUCUGUGUGUGUCCGUGUCUCCCCCUGCAUCAGGCUUGGAAGCCAUUCCUUCUCUAAAGUCACCCAACGUGACUUUUUUUUUUUUUUCUCCCCCCCUCCACCAACCCCAGAAUAAGCACGGCUGCCCUGGAUUUCAGCUGAGUAUUUUCAUUUUGCUACUGGCUUGUCUUUAAACUUUGUGAUUUAUGGCCCUAACUUUGAGGGAGUGUUUUAAAUGGAAGAUAUUUCCUGUACUCCCUUUGAAGGGAAACCCAGUCAGAUUGCAACAUUUGCUGCUGAUUUCGUGACGAGUGCGAGGGAGUUACAUUUUAAAGAAAAAUAAGCUGCAACCAAAGCAAAGAUGGCAAUACACAGGGAGCCUGAAAAAACUACUUACAGGAGCUCAACACAGAAACGUGCAACGACCUUCUUAACAGUUUUUUUUUUUUUUCGGCUGCCAGUUAGGGUUAAAACAAAAUUUUGCACUUCAGAGGAGUUACUUGCAGAAUCCGAGGUACUUCUGAUUGUUUAGGUACUCCAAAUAAGUCAGUGGAGAUCCAUAGUCAGUAAUCUAUAGAGUACUUCACCUACAGAGAAGUCUUUAAAAGAAUAGUCCACGACUGUUUUUCCUCUUUCCUUCCCUGGAAUUUCAACGCCGGGGCUCCAAAAUAGGAACUAGCUUGUAGCAGGAGAUUUAUGUUGGAGCAGUUCAUAAAAAGUCAUAUGGGGAGGGGAAUAAAAGGCAAUGAUGGUGUCGCCUGGUCGAAACCCUCACGUCUGGGAUCCGAACGCUGCAGGCAGAACAAUAGCUGGAAACACCGUAGUCCUUGGGAUAAGACUUUAUCCAUCACCUGGAAAACCUUGGCUGUCCAGCCCAGAGUCAGCUUCCAAUAGACAGCUGGAAACGGCCUGUCACGUGGCCUUGGGGUGCCAAUGUUCUGCCAUAGGGGUGUCAAGACCCUGGUAGCCGGAAAAAUCAUUUUGGGGAGUCCCAGAGAUGCAGAAGACAACGUACUACGACAGCUCCACGCUCUUUGGGGGUUACUCCUAUGGGAGUGCCAAUGGGUUCGGCUACGAGGGUCCCCAGCAGCCCUUCCAGCCGGCCUCUCACGUGGAGAACGACUACCAGCGGUCCGCCUGCUCCCUCCAGUCUCUUGGCAACACAACCCCGCACGCAAAAAAUAAAGACCUGAACGGGAGCUGCAUGCGUCCAAGUUUGCCCCAGGAGCACCAUCCGCCUCCCCCCGUCUCGCCGCCCCCAAACCCUGCCACCAACAGCACCAGUAGCAACAGCAAUAACCAGUCGGGGAGCACUAAAACUGCCCCCAGCAAAGCCAACCUCAGUGCAAACGCCAGUCUCACCAAGCAGAUUUUCCCCUGGAUGAAAGAAUCGAGGCAAAACUCCAAACAGAAAAACAGCUCCCCUAGCACAGCAGAAACCUGCAGCGGCGAGAAAAGCCCUCCAGGCUCCUCGGCCUCCAAGAGAGCCCGCACAGCCUACACCAGUGCUCAGCUGGUGGAGCUGGAGAAGGAAUUCCACUUCAACCGCUACCUGUGCAGGCCCCGCCGCGUGGAGAUGGCCAACCUGCUGAACCUCAGCGAGAGGCAGAUCAAGAUCUGGUUCCAGAACAGGAGGAUGAAGUAUAAGAAAGAUCAGAAGUCGAAAGGCAUGGGGUCCUCUUCUGGAGGGCCUUCCCCCACCGGCAGCCCACCUCAGCCCAUGCAAUCCUCAGCCGGAUUUAUGAACGCCUUGCACACCAUGAGCAGUAACUAUGAUGCCCCCUCACCGCCUUCCUUCAAUAAACCCCACCAAAAUGCCUAUGCCAUGUCAACUAACUACCAAAACCCCAUCAAAGGCUGCCCCUCCCAGCAGAAAUACGCCAACACGGCCCCCGAGUAUGACCCCCACGUCUUACAAGGGAACGGGGUGGCCUACGGGACUCCCAGUAUGCAGGGAAGCCCCGUCUAUGUUGGAGGUAACUAUGUGGAUUCUAUGCCCACCUCUGGCCCGUCCCUUUAUGGCCUCAAUCACCUGCCACAUCACCAGGCUGCCAACAUGGACUACAACGGGCCUCCGCAGAUGCCCCCGAGCCAGCACCAUGGACCAUGCGAGACCCACCCCACCUACACAGACCUUUCCACGCACCACGCUUCUUCUCAGGGCAGAAUCCAAGAGGCGCCCAAGCUGACCCACCUGUGAUAGAGAGCAGGGACAGGCUCAGGUGAAGCGGAUGGGACCUCGCCACAGGGCACGGGAAAGGGGAAGAGGGCAGGAUUGGCUUCAGGAACAUUUGUGUUGAGCUAUUUUAUUUCUUUCUUUGACGGGGCAAUUUCUACCCAUUUGUUGUGCUUGCUAUUACUAUUUCUGGGUUUUAUUAGGCACAAUUUCCAACCAUUUCAGUAUUUACUGCCAAGAGCAGCUUUCUCUCUGAAGAGAUAUACCUCCUGUGUUUCAACACAAAUGCUUCUGAAAAGGGUUUGGGGUAGUUUUGUGGGAAUCUAGCAGAUUUUUAUCAGCAACAUCCUUCCAAACCAAGUACCAAUCGUCACUGAUAAUUCUUGGACACUGGAAAGGAGAACAGUCAGACAGCCAAUUCCUUACAGUUGGUCUCUCUACGUCUACAGAAACAUGCACACGUGUAUACAUAUGCAAUCAAAAGAGAUUUGCAAGAAAACUACCCUCCUCUCCAACUCCUUCUCAAGAGGAGCCUCGCACUUUCCUUUCCAGCCUUCAGAAGGCGGCAUCCUUUUUCACUGAGUAACUUCCCACCAGCCCCCACAUAAACUGCAAAUAUACACACCUGCCAACACAUGGGAUUCACGCUCUUCCCCUCCAGCCCCUGUCUCCCCUCUCAAAAAUAAAAAAAAAAAAAUUUAAAAAUUAGAAUAAGAGAGGUCUAAGAAUUGCAAAAAGGUUUGGGAAACAAGUUUUUGAAAUGCCUAAAACCUCCUCUACCAACAAUAACAGCAGUCCAAAGAGAGGAACAAAGAGUUGACAGGUCUGAAUAUUUUCCCACCUUCGCCUCUGACGACAUGAAGUCUCCAUUCGACGACACUGGGGUUUUUUGUUCUGGGGGUAUUUUUCUUAGGGUUCAGUAACAGAAAAGCAAUCUUAAGACUUAGAAGUCCUAUGCUUCUUCCCUCCUAUUCUCUUGACCUUACGUGAAAACAGGGUAUAUUUGAACAAACGGAAUGUCCUCCAAUCGAAGCAGAAGUGAAUGGAUCUCUAGUAUUUGCUAAUGCUUUCUUGUCUGGACAUCUUUGUUGCACUUAGAGUUUACAUAUAAUGGGUAUAAAAACAACUUUGAAGGGCGUUCGUACAACUCAGUCGAGACGUCCUUCAAUAGGUGUGUGUUCUGGU